AUGACAACGAAAUUUGAGAUGAGUGAUCUUGGAAGGCUAACCUAUUACCUUGGGAUUGAAGUAUGUCAGAGCCAAGAAGGCAUUACUCUAAAGCAAGAUCGAUACGCUCGUAGGAUACUUGAAGAGUGUGGAAUGGACGCCUGCAACUCAUCGUCUGUUCCCAUGGAUUUCAACGUGAAAUUGUCGAAGUCAGUUGAGGAGAAGAGCAUUAAUGAAAGAGAUUAUCGAAGAAGCAUUGAAUGUCUACGAUACUUGCUCCACACGCGUCCUGGCCUUUCGUUUAGUGUGGGCGUUUUGAGUAGGUACAUGAACGCUCCUAAGGAUUCGCAUGGCGCUGCUCUGAAACAGGUAAUGCAUUACCUACGAGGAACUAUCUCUCUUGGUCUCGCCUACACGCAGUCUACAAGUUUGGAGCUGACGGGCUUUAGCGACAGCUCUCACAGUGUUGAUAUUGACGAUGGGAAGAGUACUACGGGGUAUGUGUUUUACCUGAACAGAUGUUCGAUCUCGUGGUGCUCGUGUAAACAAGAGAUCGUGGCCUUAUCUUCGUGUGAGGCCGAAUUCAUGGCGGCAACUGAGGCAGCUAAACAAGCAAUUUGA